AUGGAACCUGUUUUCAGCAUAUUAACUUUCCAUGGUCUGCGUAAUACCCGAAAGAAGGGCUCUUUUGUAUACCCAAAAGUUACCAAAUCGAGAUUCUUGUUCAACUCUUGGCACAUGACCUUUGUAAGGCGCUGCCGCAAGGUCAAUCUUAUCGCGGCUGUUAGCACCUUGCCGAAAGUUUCUCUGAAUACUACCGCUGUCGGGAAAUGCGAAAAUAGCGUAUCCGUCGCAUUGGUCCUGAGAGGGCCAUUCCUUGUCACUGGGAGUGACCAGAUGAAAGGCCGAUGUAACCGGUACAAUCUCGUGUAG